CCCUCCCUCCUCCUCCUCCCUCGCAUCCUUUUAGCGGUCCGCGUAGUCUCGACGCUCGCGAGAGGACCGGGAGGCCGAUACUCUUCACGUCCGGGAGAAAGCCAUUCCGACACGGACUGGAACGCCCGAGAUGGACGCCUUCUCCUUUGACGGCCUAGGAUGUGAUCCCAACAUGUGAUCGUCACGCCACUCAAAAUUUGGCUUGGCCCAGCGUUUGUUACAAUAAAACCAAAGUAUCUCAUCUUCAAAACCCCCCCCCACAAAAAUCACUUAUCACAAUGCAAUCUUCUGGCUGCUCCGCUCAACUCGGCAAGUCACGGCGUUUCGACCUGAGCAGACGGGCCACGACCUGCAUCGCACCAAAGUCUCGCGGUUCUCAGAAGGAAGAUAAAAACAUGAACACCGUCACCUCAUCCUCUCCCAGACGAGUAACUAAAGCGCCCGUCGCCCCGCCCAGGAGCAGGCCAGCGGCGCAGCCUCGAGUCCCGCUUAGCCAAAGUAGGUUAGGUGCGCAAAAACAGAGCUCUUUCCCCAACAAAUCAGCUAAACCUAAACCCAAGAGUGUUCGUACAGUGGCGGUGGCGGCGAACAAAAUCUCGCCUCCUCUUCCUCCGGCUCCUUCCGUUCUCCCCCUUGACCCCAACUGCAAUGAGCCGAGCCUGCCGUGCUUGUGCUGCGAUGGCCGCUCGCCGCAGGACAACAACAGCAUGUUCAACCAUAACCACAACAACAACAACACCGUUUCUCUCAGGCACCAACUGCAGCUUCCUCCUCCGCCCCCGGUCAUUGCACCCCAGAGGAAAAACGGGACGGGGGCGGAGGAGCAGCCUCAGUUCCCGGCUCAAGCAAAGCCGCAGCCUCCUCCUCAACCCGCCACCAAUGAAGGCGUGUUUGAAAAAGCCGAUCCGGAUGACAAGAAAGACGUUAAAUCCGAGGAAGAGGACGACGACAGCAGCAGUGGCGAUAUCGAUAUUGACGAUGAGGACGAUGAUGAUGGCGACCGCGAUGACGAGGACGAUGACGACACCCUUGUGCCCUCGUGCUGCGACUGCCCUCCCUCCCUGCUGGAGUUCUCGCUUUCCUGCUCGACCUCCUCUUCCUCCACUUCCAUUAGCUCCUGCUCCGAUUUAGAGUCUGACUCUGCAGAUCAAUACACUCCCCAACACCAAGAUCCUCUAUCGGUGUCAAUCAAAGAGUCUUCUCCGCAAUGUCAACCACCUUCCCGAUCACUCCCUUCCUUACCAAUCAGUCGCAGUCCCUUCAAUUUAACGUCACACACGCCCGUUUCGUCCCCGGAUGAGGGCUACCCCUCAGCCUUGGACACCCCUUCCCCAGACUACUUGGGAAUCAAAGAUGAUCCCGAAGUCACCAAGCUGGGAUUGCUUGACUUCCUGGAAUCAGUGGGAGAAUUUGGCAAAAUGGAACGUUUCAGUCAGGUGAUCCAAGUGGCCCGUUGGGAUUUGGAGGGCGAGCAGAAUUGGGACGUCUUGAGAGAUCGCUUGGACCACUUGGAUCGCUUGGAGAAGGUCAACAGGGAAAUCAAAUUGGCAUACGUAGCCAGACUCCACGAGAAGGGGUUUGAGCUCGGCGAUCUGGAAGAGCAGGACCUCUCCGACAUCAUGGAUAAAAUGGGCAACGUCGAUCUGGGCUGGAAGCUGUACAAAAGCGGCGCGGGAUUCAUGGGAGAGUCGCAGGAGUUCUCAGACGCCGGCGUGGACCUGACGGCUCCGUCGGACUGCGACGAUCCUCUCGCGCCGGACUCCCUGACCCCUUCCCCGGCGGAGCCGCCUCCUCGACCCCCGAAGCCUCCGGCUCGUCAUGCCAGCGUCAACUCCGACCUCCACACCUACAUCAACAUCAGUCGGGAGACCACCUCCAUGGCCGUGUCCACCUCGCCCACCUUGUCCACCUUCUCACCCAAUUCUUCCUCUCCCACGUUCACCACCUUUCGCUGCGAGAAACCUUUGCCCCCGUCUCCACCGUCAAUCCCUCCCCUUCCUGCCUCCAAACCUGUCCAGUACCUAACUCUUUACACCGCCUCCUCUCCGUCCAUCCCCACGCCGACUCCUCCCAUUCCUCCACCUCGGAAAAGACACCUGGCCAGGAAGGAGGCCCAACGCCUCGCCGCUCUUCAAGCAGAACAGGAAAAGACCCCCUUGUCCUUGCCGCCUCCUGCCACACGGCCACCGCCUUUGCCCCCGCCACCGGUUAUAUCAUCCUCCCUACUACCCCCUCCGGGUAUACCCCCACCGCCGCCGCCACCGGCACUGCCUCCUUCGCCUUCAUUCCACGCUCUGGAUGUGGAGAUCCAUAAGCUGUUGAUGCUCGCAGGAUUGACUCAAGCUGAGCUCCUCAAACUGAGCCCAGAACUCGGCGACUGCGUCGGGGUGUUCGAGGAGGAAGACGGGGGGUUCAGGCUACCGGAAGAAUACAGGGAAUGUGAACGGGAAAUCGUGGAAAAGGACAGAUGUAGUAGCAGAGGCAAGUCAGCUGGGGAUGGAAGGGCAGAUAUUCCCCGGGAGGGGAAGAUAGAGGAACCCAAAGAGGCCCAGAGAACCACCUCAUUCUCAGAGAUGGCUCGAAAACGAAAGAAGAGCAGCAUUCUGACAUCGGACAUUUACUACAGCACCACCUUAAGUCACGCGCAGGACACGAAAGCAAAACACAUGAGCUUUGAGUCGCACCAUUAUGCAGAUGAGAUGCUCGAUUCACCGCCCCCUCCUCCUCCACCUCGACCUUUACCCCCAAUCCCACCAAGCGUGCCCCCCCUUAGAGUUAGCACGCUCCUGGCUAACUCCGCACGGCCUGAGCGUUUCGAUUGGCUCAUCGCUUUCACACCCGAGGCCGACAUUCCGCCGCAGCCCACUCAAUUAAGAAAAUCUCACAUGGAAACGGCAAAGAAAAACUCCCCAGUUCCAAAAGUCACCAGCUUCAAAGAGUUGCGUUACCGCAACAAAAGUGGCGCCCCUGCAACUAAGGUGAUCACCGACCCCGACCCCGACCCCUCAGUCAUCACCCCGGACCCCGACAUACUGUACAACCUGAAGUGGAGACGCGAGAAGGAGGGCAGCGGAGGCAGCCAGUGGGAGUAUACCUCUCAAGCCCAGGCCCUGUUCAUGCAGCCGCCCCCAGCCCUCACCUCCAUGGCGGCUCUGAAGGAGAUGCUGCAGAGGGCGGACGAGGAGAGUGCAAGAGGUGACAAGUUAGGCUGCUCCCUCAGUGACGGCAGCCUGUGGACGACCAACAGAGAGUGGGAACACCGAGAUGCGGUGAAGAAGGAGCACAAGGAGAGGCGCGAAGAAGAGGAGGUGGAAGUGCGAGGACAGGCCGACGGAGGGAGGACACUUGAGUCGAGAACCACUGUUUCCUCUCCCCCACUAUCCCUUACCCAGCCCUACUUCCUCCACGCUGCCCCUACUUCCUAUCAACAGGGCCACUUCCGUAUAAAUUCCAGGCCACAGGCACAAAUCGGCCGAGAGUCCUCCGACACCCAACAAAGACCGCGGUGGGCUUAUGCCGACGCCGUGUUAAGCAACCAGUCCAGCGCAGAUUUUGGUUCUUCCAAACGUGGGAAGGAAUUAAAGCAAAAUACAGAAAAGCAAAUUUCCAGUGGUUGCAGAAUCGAUGAGAUGGUGGGCUCUCAGUGUAAUUUGGACUCUCUCUACUGCAGUGACAAGCAGAGCAUCGCAGACGGCCGUUCUGCCGAUGCUCCUGAAUGCACCACCCCAUAUAAAAACAUAGACGUCAUGAUGACACAUCCAUAUGGUCAAAAAACCCAAAGGGACCGUAACGCUAACAACACCAGGGCGUCCAAAGACCUGCCCCCUCUGCCCACAUAUUACCUGCACCGCUCCAAGCAUUGCCCACUGCAUGGGGGCUCCCCUCCUCGCCUUUCCCCAAUCGGAGCCCUCUCGCCUCCCCUACGUUCGGGGGCGCUCCCUGCGGGCCCGGCGGGCUCCAGCCUCACCUCGCCUCUUUUCCCCCGAUCGCACACUCUUCCCGCCCUGGCCCCCCCCUUCUACUACCCGCACUUGUAUCCCACAAUGCCACUCUGUGCUCCCCCUCUGCCCCCAAAACUCUUCCAGGCUUCUCGACAGCCGCGCGUGGCCACUGUCCGCAGUGUGUCGUUCGCUGGGGCUGCGCAGAGAGGCGACGCAUCCUGGAUGGGCGAAGAUGUGCCGCAUCCGAUGAGAGGACAUCGCCUCUCCUCUCUGCACCUGCUGGAAAAGAGAGCUCUCGUCAGUGCCGUCAGUGUGGCGGUUGAAGCCGUCUUGGCCCAGUUCAAUUCUUCUCGGACGCUGGUUCAAAAGGCCUUAUCAGGAGACAGCACAGUAAAUCCAUCGCUGGGCCGUCUGGUGCUGCAGUGCCUCUGCCCCGCCCUCCACAGCCUGCUGACGGACGGUCUAAAGCCCCACCAGAGUGAUCUGAUUGCGGGCAGGAGGCCAAAUUCAGCCUGGAGCUUGGUCUUGGCUUCAACGCGGCCAGGUCCUAAAACACAAGCCCUGUUCAAUUUACAAGUUCGAGUUGGCGAAUUGCCUCAGCUCAAACAGAGCAAACAGCGCUUCAACGCAUUCGUCCUCGGAUUACUCAAUUCAAAGCAACUUGAUUUCUGGGUGUCUCACCUUCACUCUAGCAGUGAUGUGAUGGAGGCGUACUACCGUCCGUCGUCCUUCAUGCGCUUGUCACUGAGCGCCUUCCAGCCCCUCUUCGACGAGCUGCUCCUGGUGCUGCAGCCUCUCAGCCUGCUUACCUUCAACCUCGACCUGCUCUUCCAGCACCACCACUUAGAGCCCCACAGCCCCGCGCCACACGUGCGCAGUCCCCCCAGUCAAGACGCGGGACAGUCGACAAAGCCCAUCCGGUCUGAAAUUCGAGGCGGCAGACACAUGGAAAGCCUCUCGGAGGUAGACUUUACAGGUCCCGGACGUCAGGCAGCUGAUGAGGGUAAAACUACUGCUAAUAAUGGAGGGUGGCCACUCACUCUGGGUCAUACAAGUCCUCAGCUACGGUGGGUUCAGGACAAGAGGAUUGGCGAACUCCCUCCUCCAAACACGGAAGAGGAAAGCCUCACUCAGCAGGCUGGACAGGUGAUCCAGCAGGGGUGGGGUGCUGUGAUGCGCUGGGGAGGCAGACUGAGCCAGAACCUGGCCGAGCUCAACCUGGCCGCAGGGCAGACGGAUGACGCGAGGUCCAGUCUGCCGGAUCACCGAGCCCAGACAGGAAGCGACUUCGCCCCAGUUAGCUCUCUCGCGCAGGUGCCCUGGAGUUUGGGUCGUCUCUUUGGUUCUACCGCCUCCAAAAGCCCCAAUAGUCCAGUGGGUCACGCACCGACAAGCAGGCGUCCUUCGCAGUGGUUGGCUCCGAGUGUCACGGCGCUCACCCGAUUGGUGAGCAGCACUUCUGCCCCGGUUUUAAGGAAAACCCCAGAACCAAUGGAAGAAAGUCGCACGAUGUCAGAGAGAACGUCUGCCACUCCAGAGACAGCAGAAAGACCACAAAGGUCUGUGCGAACGCUGUGCGACCACGCUGGAGCGGGCUCCGAGCUCAGCUUCCGCAAGGGCGAAGAGCUUGUCAUCUUGGGUGGUGUCGACCAAGACUGGAUCCGCUGUCGACAGGGAGACAGAGAGGGGCUGGUACCGAUUGGCUACACCUCGCUCAUCAUGUGACGCCACAACAGCUGCACUCUGUGAAUUAAUGAUGGGAAAAUAAAACAUGAAAAAAAAAAUAUAUAUAUUUAUAUAUAUAUAUAUAUAUAUAUAUAUAGUGUAUGUAUUUUGGGGCAAGCACUGAGAGGUUCUCACAAGGUUCCAGUACUCUUAAAGGGAUAUUUCACUUUAAAGGCAAUGUUCAUCACAGUCCAUCUAGUAUAGUGGAGCAAAUGGCAUCAAAUUCAUGAUAUUUAAGUGAAAUAUCCCAUUAAAUGCACUUCCUGCAUUGUCUGCCAUCCUGGGCAGCCGCUGAUCUCAGGGCACUUAAUCACCGUUAGGUCUAUCAGAUCAGCGGCCGCCACCGAAGUAGACACCCAAGGCGGCGGCCAUUUUGGGAUGACUGUCCCAGAACCUCCUGUUGCAUACGUGAUCAUGUAGUGAACCGUAGCCGUGUGUACAUGUGUGUUUUAUUGCCCUUUCGCCCACCCCGACUCCCCUUUUACUCCUUCGGUUUCAUUUGUGUUUGACAUUUUACUGCUGUAUAAAUAUACAUAAAUAUAUAUAGAACAUAUAAAUAUAUAUAGGUCUAUAUAUACAGUAUACAUAUAUAUAUAUUUCAAGUGAAAUUGCAUUAAACAUCGCAACCGUAACGCAGGUGGAUCCGUUCUCAUGCAUCCGUCACACAUGCGCAAAGUAAAAAGGGGGUGCGUGUUUGAAAUCCAAUUUCUUCCUUCCCACAUGUGCGUCUUGAAAAUCAAAUGCAUUCGCCGCAUUUCCUCAAAUAGCGGCCACUGCUCAAAUAGAUGCUGCGCCUGAAUUCAUGAUCCUCCAUCUUUUUUUUUUUUUUUUUUAAUCGUGCUUGUCCUCGUUAGUCAACUUGGGCUGACUUUGAACAAGAGGCUGGUUGCCACCAAAAAAAAAAAAAAAACGCCUUUUUUUUGUUUUUUUUACCCAGGUGGUACAAUCAAUGCUGCCUUGAUCUGCAAAGAGAAAUUCUUAACAAUAUUAUUGUGAAGUAGCUACAAAUUCUAUUCUCUGGGACCAAUGAGUCUUCAAAUAAAGGUCCCCUCUCAAAAUGCUGAAGUACUAUGGCUGCUAUUUGAGGAAAUACAAUAGCAUUCUGUGAUUCUCAUCCAGUUAUUAAGGCUAACUCAUUCCCUCCCGAUUCAAACCGGCAUGGGCUCAUUAAUCUUCGCUCACAUUUGAACACUAUUUAAACUCGAUGCCGCAAGCAAAACCCUCUCAUGUAUGUGGCGGUGUGACGAUAGUAAUAAAAAAAUAAUGUUUGUUGCCUUUUGCAUCCACGUUUAGCCUGUGAGCCUGCCAUGUUGAAACUUCUCUCGUCAUCGAUAUUAGCAAAAGUGGUCGUAGAAAGUGGUCAUGUUGUGGCAGUGAUGUUCAUACACUACUUUGCCAUUUAUUUGAGUGAUUCUUCUCAUUCGUGUCAUUGGCAAGCCAUUGCACGCGGGUUAAUGUACAAACGUACAGUCGAGUUGAUUCAUUUGCUAGAAAGUCAUCCAGCCAUGUGUUUGGUUGCACCGUCUGUAUCCUGAGCUGGGAUUAGAAGGGAAAGGAGUCAUUGUCUUAUUUCAUGUUUGGGGAAGAAAAAAAAAGCGAGAGAGGGAGUGAGCGAGGUAAAGUUGAAAUGUUUACCACUUAGUUUUGUUUUCUCUUACUGAUCAAAUCAGGGAACACUUUUGUUAUUGUGUCAAUGACUGUGUAGCAUUACUGUCACCGUGGAAACAGUAGCAUUAAGUUAGGCCGGUGCUCAUAACUGACGACUCAAGUUGUUGCCGUCAAAUAGACGAGUUCACAAGAAUCAAUCAGUCUUGCUCGAACAUCACUUGACACGUUUUAUUGUUUUUGCAUUACCCCCCAUGUGAGGUAAUGACUGCCAUGCAUUUGUUUGCACGCAUUUUAUUUAUUGGAUGUACUAUUUAUUGCUCUUUGAGUCGAAUCGCUGGGUUUUGAAACGUGUGAGCGUACGUGUACGUGUCAGGGAAAGCACAUUGUAGAAUUUCACUUGUGUGUGUGUGUGAGUGUGUGUGCAAAUGGGAGUGUAACAUGGGUAGUAGUCGGUAGCUUUCGUCUCCUCCUUUCCUCUCUGGUGUCAUGUAGCCCGUAGACAUGCCCUGUGCUCUAAUAUUGAUUACGGCCUAAAGCGUCCCUGUCACUGUCCACUUCCUGCAUGCGCUUGUUUGUACAUACACCAAAUAAAACCUAUCAAUAUGAAC